AUUCCUGCCCCCUCUACCCGCCCGCCGCCGCGCGGACGACGGGAGACGCCGGCACCAUGCUCUGCCUCUCGCUGUGCGCACCGCACCUUCACCUCCACCUCCCCCGCAGCCCGACCGCACGACCCGCCGCCGCCACGUGCAGGAACGCGCGCUGCAUCGGCGUCACGCUAUGCCUCCGGAUGCCGACGACACCGGAGGAACGGCGGCAGAAGCGCGGGCUGGCCCAGUUCCUGGACUUAUCGGCCGCGCCGACACUCACGCCACCCGCGCCCACGCCCGUGCAUCUCACGCCCGCGGCCAAACGGCGCGGGGCGCUGCGGGAGAUGCGCCGGGUGUGGUGGGUGUGCGGGGUCGGGUACUGGGUGCAGGGGUUCCGCUGCUUCCCGUGGCUGGCACUCAACUUCCACCUCACGCGCGGCAUGGGGCUCAGCCCCGCCGGCCUGCAACUCCUGCAGAACGCUGGGAGCCUCCCGCUCGUCGCCAAGCCGCUCUUCGGGGUCCUCUCCGAUGCCGUCUACAUCGGCCGCGCCCACCGCAUACCCUACAUCUCCCUUGGAGUGUGGCUGCAGCUCAUUGCUUGGGGAGUACUUGCAACCAUUCCAGUUACAGGGGAUGCGUUUCCAACUCUAAUGGCAUGCAUUCUCAUUGGAAAUCUAGGAGCAUCUGUCACAGAAGUCGUAAGUGAUGCUGUUGUCACGGAGUUCAGUAGGACACAGAAGGCUGGUGUACUACAGUCAUAUGCAUUCGUAGCCCUGGCUGCAGGAUCCUUGCUGGGGAACUUGUCUGGUGGUUACAUUCUGCUUAAAACACAGGAACCAAAGAUCAUGUUCACAGCAUUCUCAGUCCUUCUUGGCUUCCAGCUAGCACUGUCCCUAAGUACAAAAGAGACAUUGCCAAGCUCUCGAGGAAACUCCAGAAAUCGUCUUGUCAAAAGCUCUUUGGCAGCUAACUUCCGCAAGCAAUUCUCAAACUUGAUGACAGCGAUCAGAGAGGAAAGGAUCUUAUACCCUCUUGCAUGGAUCAUGACAUCCUUUGCUGUUGUGCCUGUUCUUUCUGGAACCAUGUUCUGCUUUCAAACACAGUAUUUGAAUCUCGAUCCAUCGGUUAUUGGUCUAUCGAAAGUUGUGGGACAGGUCAUGGUCUUAUCACUAACUGUACUCUACAAUCGAUAUCUUAAAAGGAUACCACUGAGGUGCCUUACCACAGGACUUCAGAUACUAUAUGCUCUGGCAGUUUUGUCAGAUUUGAUCCUUGUGAAACAAGUAAACCUUGUGCUAGGGAUACCGAACGAGAUUCAUGUUCUUUGCUUCUCAGCUCUAGCUGAAGCUCUAGCUCAGUUCAAGGUAUUGCCAUUCUCGGUUUUGUUGUCAAGUCUCUGCCCACCAGGCUGUGAAGGUUCUUUGUUCGCCUUCUUCACAUCUGGACUGGUGCUUUCAGCAAUACUUAGUGGAGUAUUCGGAGUUGGAUUGUCCACCCUGAUCGGUGUGUCUUCUGUGGACUACUCCAGCUUGCCUUUGGGUAUUUUGCUGCAAAGUUUGGCUGCAUUGCUACCGUUGGGAUGGAUAUCCUUUGUGCCUGAGAAAUGGACUGCCGAUGACACGGUUGUAAUAAAAAGAUGAAGUGUUUUCACCAUACAAAUUUCCAGGCAAGAUCCUGUUAGGCAAUGACACAAUGUAGAUAAAUGUAGCCCACCCAGUCAACACUGGUGAGGUUACAUGUAUAGGUAUCCAGAUUCUCUUCAAUUAGAAUAGUUCUUAUUAUUACUGUACUAUAUGCAAUACAGGAUAGCCCUUAUGCUCCUGCUGAAUAUAGCACACAAAUUGCAUUGAA